UGGCACGCGAGGGGCGCUAUCUAAAGAGUGGCGAGUACGCGAAAAACCGGUGAUUCUGUGUUAAGGCGAUACUGCCAGCAACGGACGUGCACAGAGUGAAUAUCGCAAAAUAGGAGAAGGCGACCCGCGAACGAACAGAGGCAACGAGUUUGUGCCAGCAAGGGACACGAUAUGAAUUCGAUGGACAUUGAAUUUGGUUACAAGCCGAUUGAAGAAUCAUCAUUCAACAUAUACGUAUUUAAAAAGGGACCGUCGUGUCAUACGCAGGUGCUGUAUCCUUAUCUUUAAGGGCUUUCUCACCACUUCAUCAUUUCUCACAAGAACCAAAUAAAUUCAAAGCAAUCAUCAAAGGAAGAUCAGGAACGAAAGUAGGAACAGAGAAGACAGAGUUACUCUCGCGGUAACAAAGAGGUCUCAAGUACUUUCUGUCCGAAAGUAAUUUAAGGAAAUUGAACGAAAUAAUUCAGAACGUGUUUAGCAAAUAGUGAUAUGGCCACGAUGGCUGGCAGUGAAUACACAUCCAUAAAGGACUUUUACAGAGACAGGUCCAUUUUUAUAACUGGAGCAACGGGUUUUAUGGGCAAGGUUCUCGUCGAGAAGCUACUGAGAUCAUGUCCAGAUAUCAAAAACAUCUACCUUCUAAUGAGACCUAAGAAGGGUCAAAAUGUGCAAGAGAGAUUGCAAGAACUUUUAAACGGACCGCUUUUUGAGAAAUUACGGCGGGAUUCUCCCGGCGAGCUUUCAAAAAUCAUACCCGUAGCUGGCGAUAUUACGAAGCCAGAAUUGGGUAUCUCUGCAGAUGAUCAAAAUAUGUUAAUACGAUCCGUAUCGAUCGUUUUUCAUUCAGCAGCUACUGUGAAAUUUGACGAGGCUUUGAAGCUCUCAGUUACCAUAAAUAUGUUGGGCACCAAAAGAUUGGUUCAAUUAUGCAAUCGGAUGCGUAAUGUGGAGGCAUUUAUACAUGUAUCAACGGCAUACUGUAAUUGUGAUCGGAACGAUGUUGCUGAAGAGAUUUAUCCGGUGGGACGGGAACCCGAUCAGGUGAUCGCUCUGACAGAGUGGAUGGACGACAAAAUGUUUGAAGAAUUUACACCAAAUCUGAUCGCUAGCCGACCAAAUACAUACACAUUUACCAAAGCAUUGGCUGAGCGAAUGCUGCAGCGGGAAAAAGGUUCUUUACCGGUAGCGAUUGUCAGGCCAUCGAUCGUAUUGUCGUCAUAUAGAGAACCAGUUGCCGGUUGGGUUGACAAUUGCAAUGGCCCGACAGGGAUUAUUGCCGCCGCUGGGAAAGGUUUCUUCAGAACUAUGCUGUGUCAUGAGGAUAAAGUGGCAGAUCUGGUGCCCGUCGACAUUGUGAUCAACUUAAUGAUUUGCGCGGCAUGGAGAACCGCUACGCAGCGUACCGACACCAUUCCGAUUUAUAACUGUUGCACCGGUCAACAAAAUCCUAUAACCUGGAAACAGUUCGUCAACCUGUCAUUCAAAUAUUGUCGGUUACACCCGGUGAACGAUGCGCUCUGGUAUCCGGACGGUCGCUGUCACAGCUCCAUCAUAAUAAACAAAUUGUGCGUGAUAUUUCAGCAUACGCUACCUGCGUAUAUCUUAGAUAUUCUCGCUCGACUCAAGGGUUCGCGACCUAUAAUGGUCCGUGUACAGACGAAACUUUCCAAAGCCGCCAAAUGUUUGGAGUACUUCAGUACGAAACAGUGGAAUUUUAGAGACGACAACGUACGACGAUUGGGUGAACAACUCAGUCCGGAGGAUCGAGAAACAUUUAUGUUUGACGUCAGAGAAAUCUACUGGCCAUCAUACUUGGAGCAUUACAUUCUGGGUAUACGACAAUUUAUCUUAAAAGAGAGUCCAGAUACACUGCCAGCUGCUCGCUCGUACAUCACAAAACUGUACUGGCUUCACAAAGCCGUGCAACUCGGAAUACUAGUAAUUAUGUUACGAGUCUUGUUGUUACGCAAGUCUGCAGCGCGAGGAGCCAUCUUUUCGCUGCUGUCCAUCGUACUUCGCUUAUGUCGCUUGAUUGUUUGACGGCUCAGAACGAGCCCGAUCGAUGAUCGCGAUCAACGUAAAACAAAGCUGUUGACCAGCGGCCGUUAUUUAAAGAUGCGAUUUGUUCUUCAACCUCGUUGCUCAGCUUCUUCGACGAUAAAGCGCUACCUACACAUCCAUCGAUUGGCCUUUUCGAUGUUGAUAACCAUCGACAAGUAACAACGUCGAUUACAGAUACUUGAUUCUCGAAAGAGAUCGGUUACGACUCGAUUGGACAAGAAUUCUAACUGAUGGAACUGUCUCUCCCGCGAGUAUAUAAGUACGCUCCAAACACUUUGCAUAUAUUAUAAUAAUUAUUAUUACAUUACCGAUGUUAUUUCUUGUUGCCCCAAUACGAACCGUCGCAACCGUCACGAAAAUUGAUAGUUGUCGAGUUCCGUAUAGUGACGUAAUCGUCAUUUGCGAGGUUCCAUUACACUAGAGUAAAAAUAAAUGCGCAUCACCAUGAUUAUUCUGUUAGCGUCAUCGUACAUCCAUAUACUUUUGCACAAUGUCAAUUUUGAAUAAAUAAAAGGAGCUAAGUUAUAUCGGCACACACCUUCAACCGUUGCUAAUACAAGUUCGUUUUUAGUCGAGCUACAUAGUCGUUUUUCAGCAAACGUUUUUGGUAAAACGUUGCGAGUAACCACGAUUCUCAUAACGACUGCAUCAAGAAUCUGUCGUGUUUUUGUAUAGUCGAUAUUUGACAUUCUUUUUCCUUUUUACUCUGUGACAUAAGAUACUUAGAUAGAUAUCGUAUUUUGCUACGACCGCACGAUGACUCGCGGUUAUGCGUACAGAGACGAGAAAAUUGCUAUCGACUUAGAAAUAAACACAUGCAAAAAAUCUGAUUAUGUAGAAACAACAUCGUACAAUAGGUAUGUUAGUUAGAACGGAUACAAACAAAAUAAAUACAUACCAUUGUGAGAACAAAUGCAUAGCUUUUUUUUUUUAAAUUACCACCGGUACGCGAAAUUCUUUUAACUAUUUUAAACGUAUCUCGACCAGAACAACCGAGAGGUCAACAUUCUUACAAAGUGACUUGUCUUAAAAAAGACUGCGCUACAGUCUAUCUUAAUGAAAUAUCUCUACGUAUCUUACACAUAUUAUUGUCACAGAAUCAACAUUUGACAAAUUUUGAAGGCAUUGGCAACUUAAUGAAUUUAUACCCGAAAUUAUUAGAUUGAGAUUAAUCUUCUAAUAUGUAAUACAAAAAUGUAAGAAUUGAAAUGUAAAUUAGAGCCGCUGGAAAUUUAUGUAGAAAUAUGUGUGUGUGUGUGUGUGUGUGUGUAUGUGUAAAAAUUUAUAGAUAAAUUACCAACUGAUGACGA